AUGUCUCUGAAUCUUUAAAACAGUAUUUUUUGUGUUCAACGAACACAGUAACUCUCAAAGGUUAAGUUUAGUAACUCGUGUACACUAAAAUGACCCCAUCUGUAGACCUUAAACAAAAAAAAAAAAGGAAAACAGCAACUUGUGAGACCUUAUUUUGAAAUUUACAACCGGAAAUGAUGCUACGUGUCUUGGUGGAGUUGACGCAGCCUGCUGCAAACACACACCGUCUCUUGGCGGACAUGGCGGCAACUUGAUGAAGAUGGCGAGGGCUUAAAAAGGAAAAAAGGCGUCUGUAGCAGGCUGUAGCUAGGCUCCAUCCGCCGACACAGAAAGGCAGCAGUCCUUCGCCAUGUUGGAAGACGAUAGCGCCCUUGUCCGCGCACGACCGAGGCCGGGGAAAACGUAAGCGCGUCGGUGAGUGUUUCUUAAAGCGGAGUCGCGGCUACGCAGAGGAGCGGAGCGGCGCCGCGCGGCAGCUCGGGGCGGACAGGAGGACAGCCAUGGAGGAUGCGGCCCGCGGUCGCAGGAGUCUGAUUUCCCACCCAGCCCACACUCAUUUGGAUGGGAAUUACCGCUGAAUGCGACGGAAAGCCGGGACAACCCACUAGCCGACUCUUGAGGGGAGGAAAACGCGAUCGGCUCCCGACGUCCAUGACUGUUGCGGCAGAGGAGCCCCCACGGUGGAGUCGGCCGGUUCCCAAAAUAUGACCAGGGGUGCUGGGACGUGUCGGCAGCAAGACGACGACGACGGCUUCCAAAUCUGGCUAGAGCCCCCCCGCGACCACCAAAAGCCAUUCACCGACUCCGAGAGGGCGCAGAGAUGGCGACUGUCCUUGGCAUCCCUCCUGUUCCUCACCGUCCUCCUCUCUGAUCGCCUGUGGUUCUGCGCCGAGGCCAGGCUGACCCGAACCCCGGACAAGUUCGCGUCCUCCCACCUCCGCUCCCUUCACACCCACUCGGCACACAUUAGCCCCACAGAGAACCCCCACGCUAUUUUUCUAGGAAACUCCACCAAACAUCUGUGGCGCCUCGAAACUCGCCACCGGGACAGUUCGUCCGGCGACUGCUUCGCCUUCGCGGAUGCGGACGACCUGUGCCGGGGCCUUUCUGAUAAUCAGGGGUCGCAGUUCGCUAACAUGAGCGACUUGUACCUGUCCUUUUGUAACUCCUACUCCCUGCUGGAUCUGUUCGACGGCUCAAUGAGCCCGGACAACCUGAACUGCAGCGUCCAGGCGCUGGAAGAGGGCGACACGACGCGAUGCGGCGAGUGCGUCCAGGCGUACCAGCGCUACGACCAGCACGCCCAGGAGAAAUACGAGGACUUUGAGCUCCUGACUCAGAAAUACGAGCCGGGGUCUUAUUCGGUGAGGACGUGCAUGGAGCAGUGCAAGACGGCCUAUAAGCCCUGGCUCUGUGCUCAGUACUUCCCCAACAUCAAGCAGUCUUGUCAGAGGAAGAUACCAUGCCAUCGGUACUGCCUGGAGGUCCAGCAGAGUUGUCCAUUCAUCCUGCCCGACAACGAUGACCUGAUCCACGGUGGAAACCCCAGCUUUAUCUGCACAGGGCUCCUGGGAGAUCAUCCAUCAGAAAGCGAGGCGGAAUGCUGCGACGUUCGAUGGGACUCAAAAAUGGACAGCCCUUCAGGCAGCACACUUAAAAGGACUGCUUCUUCCUGCCAGCCCGAGGGGGCUUCGGUCACUUCCGCCGCCAGCCCGAGACUGUGCAGUGGGCGACUGAAGAUAUGCCUGCUGGCCCUUGUCCUCCUACAAACUGUCAUCAUUAUUUCAGCCUCGCAUAACUCUACGUUGCUGGACGUGGCCGCCAUUUUUUCGCCAGAGGAGGCUGCGUCGAAUGAGGAGUGAACCUUCUGGGCGUCGGGAGCGGGAUUAUGGCUUUUACAGUGUCAUGGCUGCCAGGGACACAUCUGGCGAGACGUGCCUGAGAUGUCACUGCGAUAUGCUGCCAACAAACUGUCAAUCACACAACAUGGGAGGGCUUGAACUGCAGAACGGGGGCUGGGAGUGGACAUCGACCCAACCGAGAUGUUCGAGGACCACCCCUCACUAAGAACUGACCUCUUGCCACUAGAAACCUGCUCAUUGUUUCUAUCUCAUCCAAAUGUUUUCUAGCAUAUCGUCCCUGUUUUCCUUACCCUCCUACCUUCCCUCUCCUCCGAUUUCAGUGUCUGGAUGGGUUAAAUGGACAUUGACAAAGUGUGUAUUCCAGCUCAUCGUUACCUUUAGGUUUUCCCCCAGGUGUCAAUAUUUUGACCACUGUGUUUCUCUCUCAGUCCUUCAUCUCCUUUGGUGCGCCGUACAUGUUGUUACUCCAGGGCCUGUUAGUAUCAGCUCAUCCUUUAGUUGUGGGUCUUGCUUUCCUCAGAAACAAACUGUAUGUGGUUCUCCUGUGUUCUGAUGUUAAGCUUGUGUUUUUUUUGUCUACUGGAUCUCUUUUGAACCCAAUGGGACCUUAAGUGCUCUGAGACUCGCUUCCUCCUCUGACUUGUUCUGCACUUAGAUAAAUUGGGAGUGAAGCGGAAACAUUAGUGAUAUUGCAGCUGUAUACGACUUCAAGGUGUUGCAGGAAUCAGAACCAGACUUAUUGGCAGUGCAGCGCUCUUUGACUGGACGCUGCAUGUUCUGAAGUGUUCAGUUCACCUUACACCACAGUGACUCGUUUUACCAAUUAGAUUAGUUGGGAAUGAGAACACAGGAACAACCCAGGAACACCAGAACUACAAAAAGCCAGACCACAGGGAGCCUCACUCACCAACUACGAACCUGACUCCACAAAUAGGCUUUUCCCACCAAAUUGGUUCCACUGCUCAACCAAAGAAAGCCAGUUCCUAACUGGUCCAGUUUGGUUUUCCACAACCAGAAAACUAGCUUUUACCAUUUAUCUUAGUAUCUCUGCAAACAUAUACAUUAAUAUCCUUGUCUUAAUUAAUAAAACUUUCAGCCAAUUUCUGAUCUGGCACAUUUAAGGCAAACUUUCAUAACACUAUUUUGACCCUUAUAAAAGACAGUCGGGGCAGCAGGAAAAUAUCAGCUGGGACCUAUUAAACGCAGCAAAGGCUGAUUUCAAAAUAAACAGCAGGAGGCAGGGUUGUAAACCUUUUCUUUCAUCUUCCAUGCAUAAGAAAAGGCACUUUCUGCCUACAGCUGCUUGCUUGUGACCCUAAACCGCUCUAAUUUUUGCCAGUAAAGCUUAAUGGGCGCUCUAAUUUAGUAAGAAAUGACUUUUCAUGCCUCAACAAAUAAAGUGCCUCUCUUUACACACAAGAAUAAGCACGAUAAAUAAACUUAAAUUAAGGUGCAACAGGACAACUGAAUACCCAGAGGCAGUUAAAGUGAAAGGUGGAUCGUGACAAAUGGCACUGUCGGCACCACUGAGCUGCCUAAACCCAUUCCCAAUAGAGAAUGAACCCAAACUAAAUAUCUACCUGAGUUUCCUCUAACUCAGGUACUUUUGUAAUAAAAAAGUUGCCUGAAACAGUUGCAACAUAAUUAGUCUUCAGACACAAACUUAAAUUUCUCCCUUUUAUUAGAUGAUCCACAAUAGUUUUCUGAAUAUGUUCCAAUUUGGAAAUGUUCCAUGGGGAUUAUGGGAUAUCAUGGGGAUUUAGUGGAAAUUGGGGUAAUUUAAACAAACUGCAUCAUAUCCAGGCAUAAAUAUUAAUAUUUUGGGUGUUUUUUUGUUAUAGGAAGACAGUUAAAUAUCAAUACCAUUCAUGUAAUAUAUUUACCUAAUAACUUCAGUAAAACCUACUAAUGCAGGAAUCUUGUGAUGGAGAUAUGCACAGUGUGUGUAGGAGGCAUGCCCCCCUGCAGUAAGCAGUGUGUUAUGUACAUGUGACUGAGGAACCGACGGAUAUACUCAAGUGCACUUGCAUGAAAUCUGAUUGCUUUAGUCAAGAUUAUGCUUAAAAUUAUAUUUCCCUCUACUAUCAUUACAAUUCCUAUCAAGAGACAACCUUCACUAUUUAAAAUUCCCUGUUUCUUCCUUGAAUUUCCCAUGGAAAAUUUCCAACUUUGAGAAUUCCCAGGAUUUUGCAACACGAGCAGGACAGUUUUUCAGUUUUUGUCUUCGAUUUAGAUCAGAUCAAAAAUUUAAAAAAAACUCUGGUGAUCACAUUGUUAUUGGUUGUUGGCAUCCAUUAGCCCUCCUCCAGCUCCAGAAGGUGGUUCUUUCCUCUGGACCAGCUCAGAGUGGGCAGUAAGGACGAUUUCACACUAGAACCGUGAGGGGGAUUCGGUUCGGUUGGGGCAGGUGGUGGUCAUACUUUAGUGGGCAACAUCACUCAGAUAGAACAGCUGAUUGUUUGAGGCAAAUUUAAUGUACUGACUAGGAAGAAUAAAAAGCAUAAAGUUAAAAAAUGAUGCAUGGAUUUGGAGCAACACCAAAUGAAUACAGAUUUAGGUGUUUUAACCUAAGUUCCCCUGUGUGAGCAGCAGAUGAGGCACCGAGCUCUUCAGCAUGUUGCUCUUUACGAGAGACAAAUUCAGCAGGGUCACUUCCUCUCUAUGUCUCUUUAGAUAGUUCCUCUGUUUGGUGCGAACUACCAGGGCUCACUUACAAGAAAACCACAACCAAUGUUUUUAGGCCGACCAGAAUUUGCUCAUUUGCUCCAGACCAAAGUUUGGAUAAAGGUUCACAUCUGGCCGAGCAAAAACCCAGCUCUGGUGUGAAAGUGACCAAAUAAAGCAGCACAUCUUUACUAGUGCCAGAGUUUGAGGUGGUGGAAACACCAAGAACUGGUGCUAAGCAAGAACCAGAAACUGUUUUGUGCAGGAACUGGUUUGGGGAAAAAAGAGACAAAACAAAAUGUGCAAAACUUUAGUUUGCUAUUUUACUUUUUUUUUCUACAAAAGACUUGGAUGAAAAUUAUUUAUAGAAUUGCGUCCCACAAGUCAUGAUCUUUUAUGGACUUAAAACAAAUACAUUUAUUGACAUUUUUGAGGAUUGUCUGCAAAACAAGGAAGUAUGUUUCGUUGUCAUUUAUAGAACUGCUUUCACAGAGCAGUUUUUUAUUGCUACUUUAGCACAGUAAUCAUGUUACCAUUGUGCCCUUGGGAUCUAAACAGGACUGAUCCAAACUAUCCAGUUUCUUUGUAUAGUUACAUUCAACGGCAACCUCCCCCUCAAAUGGGGGGAAGCUGAUGCUAUUAUUUUUAUAUAUAUAUAUAUAUACACAUAAUAGUUUUACAUGAACAUUCAGACUGAGAUCUUUUAGUAGCUUUUAUUUUUCAUUAAACCAUCCCUGCUCAUGUGGACUGAGAAAUAUAAUAAAAUAUCUGAACUGAUCAUGUUAGAUUAAGAAAUAUUAAAUCAUCUGGACAUUAACUGAACUCUUGCUGCAGCUGUUCAUCCACUUCCAUGCAGGGAGACUUCUGAGACCAAAAUGUACAAAUUACAUAUAUAUAUAUAUAUAUAUAUAUAUAUAUAUAUAUAUAUAUAUAUAUAUCAGUCCUUUUGUGGAGUACUGGAACUCAGGAGGUUUCUGGACACGUUUGUUGGUCGUAAAUAUUUUACUUGGUGAAUGAGGCUCCCGGAUCUUUGAGUGCAUUGUCGCUGAGUGAACCCAGGGAGAUGGAUGCUGGCAUCAAAAGGGGUAAAAGUGGUAAAAAUCAAACACUUCAGGGUUAGCUCCUUCUUCAUGACAGGUUCUCCUGGGACAAUCUGGCUUUUCAGGAUCUCAGAGUUUAUUCAAGUCGGUCAAUCAAACUACCUACUCUGAAAAUCAUAGACGAGCUGAUCAGUUAUGUUCUUUCUCUGACUAGCAAAGAGUCAGUGUGCAAGGAGUUUGAGGAGUUUUUAAAGGGCUGAUCCAUCCAGUUUUGUUCUGUGUUUUCCUUAUUUCAAAUGGCACCUUCUGCUAAAUCAUCUCUGCCACCCUUUUUGGUAGCGACAUGUAUCCAAAGCUGAAACGUGAUAAAAAGAGAAAGGAUUGCAUUAACAAAAUGGUUUAUCAACACGGUCGUUUUUAAUGGUCGAUCUCUAAUAAUGAGCUAAAGAUGAACUGAGGUGAUAAGUUUUAGCCAUCUUAGGGCUGGUGACAACUGGUGACCCUUGACCUUUUAGUUUAAUAUUCUAACUCUGUUUAUUGGUUUUCAUAUACAAACCCUGCUGAGACCUCCGUUCCCUUACAGACAGCAGCACAGUUUUGGCUCCGCUCCCUUCGAUCACUAGCUGACUGAGUCAUGUGGAUCUAUGCAGAUGAACCCCCUCGCCUCGAAACACCCACUUUGCCCCAGCCACUGUUGCCACCAUGUCCUUUCUGUUGUAAAUAUGUCCUGAGGAUGUGGGAUCCCCUUAAAGUCUCCCCUUCCUGCCUCUUCUGACACCCUCCCCCCACCUGUUGGAAUCUCUGUGUUUUUUGUUUGCCUCCUUGGUUUUUGUCUGUUUUUUGAGAUUUUUGCCACAUUUUUUGUUGUCUAAAGCAGUGGUGUGAGUUGAUGAGUAGGACUAAGCUGGAUAUUUAAAGGGAUGACAUAAAGAGGUCUUUAAAAAUAUAGAUAUAUAUGAAAAAGACAAAGCUUGAAAUGAGAAAAGGUUUAAAUAUAGAGAAAAGGUUAUCAUAAAGUUGUCAUAUUGUCAUACUAGAGAUGCUUUAGUUUGCUAUUUUACUUUCUUUUUUUUUCUACAAAAGACUUGGAUGAAAAUUAUUUAUAAAAUUACGUCCCACAAGUCAUGAUCUUUUUUGGACGUAAAACAAAUACAUUUAUUAACUUUUUGUUCAAAGGAAAAUAAAUAUAAAUUAUGUUAAACAUUA